AUGUCCUCUCAACAGCCCGCAAAGCGCAAACGUAUUGUACCUAUUCCGGUGGCAUCUCAGGAAGCUAGCGUCUCUGCCCUUCAUUCAGCAUCUUCUGGCCAGGCGUCCGCUCCGCAACAAGCCCCGGUGGAGUAUCAUCAGGGCCCGUCUACCUUGCCCGGCCGGCGUCUGAAGGCUAGCGUCUCUGACAACUACAUAGUGGAUUACAAAGAGCUUCUUAAGCAAAACGGCAUCGAUAUCAAACAACUUAAAGCACGUAAAGCUGCAGCGGCUGCUACUAAACCUGGUGGUGCUCCAGAAGGCCUGCCGAACCUGCCAGGUCUACCGCGGGCAGGUGUUAGCCCGGGGGCCGGGGGCCGGGCCAUGCUCGGCAGCGUGGUGGAACGGCUGGAACGCAUAUACGCGUCCGCAUACGGAGAGGAUGAUGACGAGGACGAGGGUGAGGAGGGAGAAUCUGAUGAAGAGGAGGCUGAAGAAUCCGGGUCAGAUGAGUCGGGCCCGGGGGAGUCCAGCAGUGAGAGCGACGACCCCGAGGACGAGGAGGGCCCCGGACCGGCACCUGGAGAGCAGGCGGAAGCCGGAACGAAAGGAGGUGGACCAGGCGGCGCAGGCGCCGGCGGGGGUACGACAACGGCUGCGGACGGAGCUGCCGCCCCAGCAUCGGCUGGUGGUGGUACCACAGGCGGUGGUGGCGGGGGCGCCUCGGAUGGCGCCGGCGCGGGCGCUAAGAAGCCGAAGCAGCGGCGGCGGGCGUUUGAGGCCUAUGAAGUGGACUUCAUUGACGACGAUGAGGAGAUCCGGUACGAGAAAUCCCGCUGGGUCAAGGCCAAGUAUGGGGGCUUCUACAUCAACCAGGGGCCUGUGGAACUGGAGCGAGACCCUGAAGCCGAGGAGGAGCAGCAGCGGCAGCAGCAACAGCAGCAGGGCCAAAAGCGGGCGCCGCGACCGCGGCCACAGGCUGGCACCCAGCCUGCCAAGGGCAAGCCGCAGCAGUCCUCACAGGCGGCACAGCCCGGCGGCGCAGCGGCCGCGUCUGCUGGGGCGACGGCGACAGCAGCGGCAGCAGCGGACGUUGCGGUCCAGGGCGGUGGCGGCGGCGGCGGUGCGAGUACACCGGUUCGCGGCGGCGGCAGCGGCAAGCGGAGGGCAGAUGGCGAGCAGCCGCAGCCUGCUGUCGGCAAGAAGCGAAAGCAGCGGAGUCCGGAGGAGUUUGUAUCUGAUGUGAACCAUCUUGCUUCUUUUGCCGGUUGCGUGUUGGGGCCAAGUUGGGGAUUUUUACCAAAAGGCGGGUUUUCCUUGGUUGCCUCCACAGCCGCAGCCGGAGGCGCGACGGCCGCAACGUCUGGUGCACCUGGGGCGUCGCUAUUGCCGGCAGCGGAGGCUGCAGCAGCAGCAGAUUGGGCGGCAGCCGGGUCAUCGCAGCCGCCUGCGGAGGGGUCGGCGGCAGCGGAAGCCGCCUCACCCGUUGCGGCUGUGCGAGCUGGUUCCGGAGCCAUCGUCCUCCCCAAGAUUACGGGCCGCCGCCCUGCGCCCAACCCGACAUCCCUAGACCCGCUCAUAGACGAGUGCCGGAAAAAGCUUGCGGCAGCGCCUGCACCACCGGCCGAUUGGGCCGCCCUGUUGAAGCUCCUGGACGCUCCACUGACUCAGGUGGCGCUGUUCCUGCACAGAGCUGCUUCGUCGGGUGAAGCACCGGACGCACCCGCACACAUGUGCGACUCCAAAGUGCGUUUGCUGGCGGAGGCGCUAGUGGAGGCGGCGCCUGCCGCGGCGGCGUCCUUGGGUGGGUCCGGUGCGGAAGAGGUCCCGGCGGUUUCUGACGCCGUGUUGCAACCUUUGCGGGUGUUCUUGGAACGGCGGACGGCCAAGAGUCUCAGCGACCUGUCGAAAAUGGUGGCGGCGGUGAAGAAGCUCGCGGAGGAGGUGGCGGCGGCGGACGCCGCAGCGCCUGUAACAUCGACCGCCGCUGCCGCCUCUGGGGAGGUGCACAGCAGCGAUGACGAGCUCAUGGAGUCGGCCAGCGCCGCCACCGCCACGCUGCUGGAGCCGCUGGGUGCCAAGCUGCGCUCCUACCUCAACCUGCACAGGAAGCUGCGCAACAGCGAGGAUGACGGGGCCACGCUGCAGUCGCUGGCAGGACAGGCUGGUGUUAGCUUAGACAUGCUGCAGCGCGCGCUCCUUUCAACCCAGAAACAACAACCCGCCGGCCAGCGCAAGCGCCAAGGCAGCAAGACCACUGCUGCUGCAAACACCGACGACACGUUGCGGCAGCAGGCUGCCGUUAUUGCGGCCGAGGUUGCCGCCCAGCUCGAUGGCCAUCAGGGCCCUGCACCGCCGGCACCGGCACCAUCAGUGGCGGGCCUUGCAUCCGCAGCUCAAGGCCCACCUGCACCAUCUACCACCGCUGCGGUGCAGCCAAAGCAGUCGUCGGCUCCAGGGCCAGUGGUCGCACCAAGAGCUGCUCCAGGAGUUCCGGCGGCGGAGGCGGGGACUGAGGCGGCGCCGGCUGGCUUCCAGUCGUGUGGCUCCGGAGACCUUGAGAUGCUGGAGAAGGCCUUUGCCGCGGCCGCCUCUAGCGAGUGGGGCACGCUGGCAGUGAAGGUCUUGUGCCACGUCACGGAGGGUCUGAGCAUACCGGAGCUCGCCAAGCGCGCUGUGGAGCUGCGGUACAUCUACUGGCCGCCCAACAAGGCCCAGGCCGACAUGCACCGCCAGCUGCGGCAUGCCAUCAACCGGCCAAGCCUUGGCCCUCACGUGAUUCACGUCGGCAGCAACAAGUACGUGCUGCAGGCCAUGCGGCCUGACAUGAAGCCGGUACCGCGGCCGCCGACUGUUAGCAGAGCUGCUGCUGCUGCAGGUGGAGGUGGGGGUGGCUCGGCGAGCUCGUCGCCUGCAGGGGCAGCGGCGGCAGUGCAGCCGGCUGUGGUGGGGACGCAGACUGGCGGCAGCGGCGGCGCCUUCGCAGCGGUCGCUGGCGCGCCGACGGGCGGACCUGGGCUGGACGUGGGGCCCAAUGUGGCGGUUGAAGGAGCGGCUGGCAGCGGGGCAGGUGGCGACGAGGAGCUGACGCCGGAGGAGGACAGCCAGCAGUGCCGGGAGUGCGUGGAGGCGGCCGUGCAGGCGGGCGCCGAGCGACAGCGUGUGCUGGAAGCGCUUUCUAAGCUCAAGUCUCGUAACAUGCGCAUUGUGUUCAAGGUGUUAUGCCACGCGGGGGCGUCGGGUAUGCGCGUGGUAGACAUUGUCAAGUUUGCUCGCGACCACCGGUUUGCGCACUGGCCUGACACCGCGGACCGCACCAGCAGUGUACACGGCGCUAUCCGCAGCUCCAAGGACAUGGUGGUUCAUGUAGGGACGCACCAGUAUGCGCUGGCGCUCUUCCCGGGUGUGGUGCAUGUCCCCAAGCCAGAGCCGCGGCGGGGAGCGCGGGCAGGUACUGCUGGUGGCGGUGGCACGGGUGGGGGAGGUGGAGAGGUUCCGGGACUGGUGGAAGGGUGA